GUCUUUCGUGUGUUUCUGUGUUGAAGCGCUGAGGAGAGUAGCUAUCGGUGUCUCUUUUCAUCUUAUUUCGAAUCCUCAUCAGUUUUCUUUGGGGACAGAUCUACUACAUUUAAGCAACCGAGAGCAGAUUUUGUUUUCAGGAGGUAAGGAAGCACCAUGGACAACGUGUGGAAACAUUUCUGAGGGGACUGGUUAAGAGUUUAAAGCAAAGGAGAGAAUAGAACAUUUUCUAGCUAGCUUGUCAGCUCUGGCUUGCUAUCUAUCUGCAAGGGGGAGGGUAACGUUAACCCACUGGAAAAAGGAAGCAGAGCGUGAGAAAGACUGCAAACCAGCCAUCCUUAGUAGCUUCAAGCAAGCAGGGGUUGCCCGCUCUGUGUGAGAAUAGAGGCCCCGUUUGGUGGAUCGUACGACUAGCUUACUUUAGCUAGUACCUAGCUACCAGAGUCCACCCUGAGGUUCCCUGAACAGAGACGGGGAAGGACGUUCUGUCUGCGGGCCACUGUGACAAGCAGAAUCAAUGCCAAGCCCUUCUCCUCCUCGGACAGCCUAGCGAAGGUGCAGGAGGUCGCAAGCUGGCUUUUGGAAAUGAACUCGGAUCUGCUGGGGGGGGGCAGGCGGCGCCGGCCGGGGGGGUCGGCGCGCGCUAACGCCUCCUCGGCCCGGGCGCCCCGCGAGCCGGGGGAGGAGGGCGAGGAGGAGGAGCACAUGGACCGCGUGCUGGAGGAAGAGCAGCAGCAGCAGCAGCAGAGGCGGUCCGCGGCGGGGCCCGGGGCCAGCGACGGCCCAGAGGCGGCGGCGGAGGCAUCGGCGGCGUCGGCACCCGGGGAGGGCGAGGCGAACGGGGAGAACGGGCCGGCGAAAGGGCCGCCGUGGGCGUGGCAGGCCGAGCGGAGGGACGAGGAGGACAACAACAACGAGGAGGACGAGCCCCCCGAGGGGCGGGACGAGGAGGAGGAAGAGGAGGACGAGGAGGGCGGCGAGGAGGACGAGGACGAGGAGGAGGAGGAGAUGGACCAGGACAGCGACGACUUCGAGCAUUCGGAGGAGAGCGGGCAGGAGGAGGACGGAGAGGAGGGGGGCCGCCUCCACUCCCCCUCCCUCAGGAACAGCGUCUCCGACCCCAACCACAACAUGGAGGUGUCCUCCGAGCAGACUCCUCGAACCCCGGCCUCCCUGUUCAAAACGAAGAUGAAGAGAAAGCUGGACCAUGGCCCCGAGGUCCGGUCUUUCCCUUCAGGGAAGAAGCCCUGCAAAGGCUCGGAAUACCCAAGCCCUACAGGACUGGUUCCGUACCCGGCCACGCCCACCACGUUCGGGGACUUGAGAGCAGCCAACGGGCAGGGGCAGCAGAGGCGCCGCAUCACCUCCAUCCAGCCGCCGUCGGGGCUCCAGGAGUGGCUCCGCACGUUUCAGAGCUGGAGCGGUCCGGAGAAGCUCCUGGCGCUGGACGAGCUCAUCGACAGCUGCGAGCCCACGCAGGUCAAGCACAUGAUGCAGGUGAUCGAGCCGCAGUUCCAGAGGGACUUCAUCUCCCUGCUGCCCAAAGAGCUGGCCCUGUACGUGCUGUCCUUCCUGGAACCCAAAGACCUGCUGCAGGCGGCGCAGACCUGCAGGUACUGGCGCAUCCUGGCCGAGGACAACCUGCUCUGGAGGGAGAAGUGCAGGGAGGAAGGUAUUAACGAGGCGCUCCACGUCAAGAGGAGGAAGGUGAUGAAACCGGGGUUCACCCACAGCCCCUGGAAGAGCGCCUACAUCAGGCAGCACAGGAUAGACACCAACUGGAGAAGAGGAGACCUCAAAUCCCCAAAGGUGCUCAAAGGUCACGACGACCACGUGAUCACCUGCCUGCAGUUCUGCGGCAACCGCAUCGUCAGCGGCUCGGACGACAACACGCUCAAGGUGUGGUCGGCAGUCACGGGCAAGUGUCUGAGGACGCUGGUGGGCCACACGGGCGGCGUCUGGUCGUCCCAGAUGAGGGACAGCAUCAUCAUCAGCGGCUCCACGGACCGGACGCUCAAGGUGUGGAACGCGGAGACGGGCGAAUGUAUCCACACCCUGUACGGGCAUACCUCAACGGUGCGAUGCAUGCACCUGCACGAGAAAAGGGUGGUGAGCGGGUCCCGGGACGCCACGCUGCGGGUUUGGGACAUCGAGACGGGCCAGUGUCUACACGUGCUGAUGGGCCACGUGGCGGCGGUGCGCUGCGUUCAGUACGACGGGCGCAGGGUGGUCAGCGGCGCCUACGACUUCAUGGUCAAAGUGUGGGACCCCGAGACCGAGACCUGCCUGCACACGCUUCAGGGGCACACCAACAGGGUCUACUCAUUACAGUUUGACGGGACCCACGUGGUGAGCGGGUCCCUGGACACGUCGAUCCGCGUGUGGGACGUGGAGACGGGGAACUGCAUCCACACGCUGACGGGGCACCAGUCGCUCACCAGCGGGAUGGAGCUCAAGGACAACAUCCUGGUCUCGGGCAACGCCGACUCCACCGUCAAGAUCUGGGACAUCAAGACGGGACAGUGCCUACAGACGCUGCAAGGUCCCCACAAACACCAGAGCGCUGUGACCUGCCUGCAGUUCAACAAGAACUUUGUGAUCACCAGCUCGGACGACGGGACGGUCAAGCUGUGGGACCUGAAAACGGGCGAGUUCAUCCGCAACCUGGUGACCCUGGAGAGCGGGGGCAGCGGGGGGGUGGUGUGGCGCAUCCGCGCCUCCAACACCAAGCUGGUGUGCGCCGUGGGCAGCCGCAACGGCACCGAGGAGACCAAGCUGCUCGUGCUCGACUUCGACGUGGACCUGAAGUGAGGGGGGAGGGGCAACGAGGAGGGGGGAGGGGGUGCGGGGGGGCGGAGGCGGCGCGGGGGCAGGGGGGUUGGUGGUGAAGGGGUUUUCGGCACAACUCACCAAAUUAAGAUCAGACGGCCGCUCCUCAUGCCCCCCACACCGUGACCUGCCGGUCCAUUCCACCCCAUGCGC